CUGUUGACUGGUCGCUUUCGCUCGUUUCUAGCGAAAAUAAUAACAAACCGCUGUCGGUGUUCUGAACUGGCGGUCGCGCUGUACUUGGAAAGUGUAUUGGUGCAAGUCGUGGACAUCCAUCUGCUGAUUGAUUCAGAAUAUCGAGCGGGUGUUGGCGGACUCGUGGCUCGCUCUGUCGGCGAGAAGCGUACAACGAGCGGGCGGGACGCGCGGGGCAGGGGCAUCCUCCCCCUACUUCAGUUUCGACAGUGACGUUGUGAGGAGAGCACGUAUCGCUGCGCGCCGCAAAAAGGAUCGUUCGCGCGGCAACUUUGAACAGUGACAGUGUGAAGAAGUGUGUUGUGACAGAGAAUGUGUAUCGGAUUGCAGUGCACUACCAAACGGAUGCAGUGAUUUGGAUCGCAAUACUUGGAUUGCAGUGAUUUUGGAUUUGAAUUCCGCUUUUCAAUUAUCUACCAAACUGGGGAUGCACAAGAUGGAGCUGGGAGACAGCGUGUACGCCGCUGAGCGUAUCAUAAGGAAGAGAAUUAGAAAGAACAAAGUCGAGUAUUACGUGAAAUGGAAAGGGUGGAAACCGAAGCACAACACUUGGGAGCCGGAGGAGAAUAUCCUGGACCCACGGCUCAUACAGAGCUUCGAGCGCGGCGAGGAGCAUCGCCGCCAGGGCAGGCGGCGCGAGCGCGAGCACUCGCCCGCCGAGCGCGCGCGCAGCGGCUCCGAGGAGUGCCACCCGCCGCCCGGCAAGCGCAAGGCCGAGGUGCUGUCGCGCGAGUCUGGCAAGAUCGGCGUUACCAUCACCAUGAGUCCGCCGGCCGCCAAGCGGCACGACUCUACGAAGCUGAACGGCAGCCGCACUUCCCACAGCACGCACAGCACGCACACCACUCACUCCGCGCACACCGCGCACACCGUGCAGCCUCCCCCGCCCGCCGCGCCACCUGGCGGAGCUGCAGCGCCCGCCUCACCCGCUGCUGAAGCUGCUGCACCUAGAACAGGGCCCAGACGAGCACCACAUUCCCCAGAAGAAGCUGAUGCCCACACUCCCCCGGAACGCGAAAGACGCACGGAAACCCAACCGACAGCCACUGCCCCGGCGGAACCCAAAGGUGCCCAACCACCUCCACCAGCCGAGCCGCAGCCCGAGGAGGAGGAAGACUCGUGGGGGGACGCACCUGUCGCGGUGCCGGCGCCGCCGCCAGCGCCCGUGGCGCCCCGACGUGGCGCCGCCUACUGGAUGGCGCGGUCCCCUGUUGCCGAUCAGAUUUUUAUCACCGACGUCACCGUCAACCUACAAACAGUCACGAUACGCGAGUGCCGCACAGAAAAGGGAUUCUUUAGGUCUCGCGAACAACGACCGCUCGAUGUCACGUAAACGUUGCAUUCUGGACCUUGUGGACUUGUAGAUACAGUUAUAGGUAGCUAGUAUUUAUUUAGUUACUACGGAUGUUAAGUCAAGUGAUGGAGUGAAGUGAAGUGCACAGUCCUGGUAGGCCUAAUGUAAACUACACUAAAUGUAGUGCUAACUUUUGUGAAGCGGGAUAUCCGGGAUUUUGUGAACGGAUUGAAUGUCUCCUAAAAAGCUACAGGCAUAACGUUAACACUCGUUGGCGGUGUCUCUGUGACUUUUGAAAAAGAAGAACUUAGAUGAAAUAACGAACCACCAGAUUUUACAAUAAAUAGACAAAAUUGUUGUCAAUUGUUGAAAAUAGAGACUUCUAUAUUUUAUAAUAAUGUUGAAUUUAUUGAUGACUGGGUGUAUACCUCCUUGAAUCUAGAUGUUAACUUGAAUCUAUUAUUUAAAACCGCUAGUUCUGUAUCCCUUCCAUUAUUCAUUAAGAGGUUCGCCUGAUUACUAAGUUUUGGCAAACUUAGCUCUAUAAUUUCUUACAUAGGUAGAUACUGUUUGUUUGUACCUAUUUAUAAUUUUAAUUGAAUCUCGGUGAGAACAGCAAGUAAAAGUAUGGUGUAUCUAUGUGACAUAACACCAUACUAAACAUUUAUAUUAAUUUAUCCUUCUCUGUAUAAAAUAUUCCCUUUUUGUUUUUUUAUUGUUGUUGUUAUUUAUGUGAACUUAAUUUAAUGUUGAAUAAUUUCCCAUUCAUGAUUUUAUGUCGUCAAAUAAAUCCUUAGAUAUUUUAAUUAUUCUCUAACAAAUACUUAAAAGCAAUAACUAUUGAAUUUAAUGAAAUUUUUCUGCCUCCAUAAAUAUUACUUGCAACAUUGAUUUAUUAAUUUUAAGCCUGGUAACUUUGGUACGAAGCAGUCAGUGUUGCAAUUAAACAGAAUAUAUUUUUCUAAAUGUUUGUAAAUAAUAAAUAACGUACAGUCACCAAGUUAUUUGGCAUGCAGGCCCCAAAAUAAAAAUGGAUUCAGUGUAAAGACAGUAACCAUUUUUGAUUGCAGAGCCGAUGAAUGGUAACAAAAGAUUUGGCUUCAUACAAUUAAAUAUAGCUGCUGGACUUAUUCUUAUUCACUCUUUAUUUUCUUGUCUGUGUACCAAAUAACAUAGUUUACUCUACCUUCAUUUGUUAUACAUAGUAUUAGAACGAACUUUGAAAAAAAUAAUGUUUUUUCCAUACAUUUGUUUAUGGUUCUGUGCUAUUAAGUUAUUUUAAUAAUUUAAGACCACACAAUUCCGUAUGAGGAGUUCCUUUUAUUGUUAUUUUGGUUCCUUUAAUAAUUUAAAUAUUAUUAUUAUUGUCGUGAAAAGAUGGAUGUAGUCUCCUAUUUGAGUUAAUGUAUAUUUUAAUUAAUGCAUUUUGUAUGUGGAAGUGGUAUUUGUAAAUAUUGUAAAUAUAAUUUUAGAAAACUUGUUUUUAUAAUGUGAUAGUCUUUCACAUAAAAUAGCCUGUAAAUAAAUGAGAAUGAAUUAGAUGUAAUCUUUUAUUUUCUAGAUUACCUAACCUUCUUUUCAACAGAAAACUAGGCUGUGACUGAGAAUUUCUCGAAAAUAACUAUAACACCUACCUACACACAAUCAUAAUCUUGCAUGGCAAGUUACCUAAUAAAAAACGAGUCAAUAUACAUACAGAAAUGCACCAGACACAAUUUCAGAUCCGUGCCUCUGCUAUCCGGGAAUCGAACCAGCAACCACUUGUGCGGCAAUCGAUAUGUAAAAUAUAGAAAUAGUACUAAACUACCAUAAGUAAAAUUCAACAAUUCUGCACAA